GUCCAGCGCUGUCUGCCAUUGUUAAACAGUUUUGUUGGGUGUGUCAGGUGAAAUGAGCUGUCUGGCGUAAAGUAUCGGUAUUUUAAACAAAUCUUUUCGUUUUCCCCACCAAAAGUGCCUUAUUUACACGGGGGGAGGUUAGAGUAAGUGGAAGGUGAAUCGCGACCGGACCGGGUUGGUAAAAGAAGGUCCACAGGAAAAUGGGUUUGCUGUGGCGCAGCUAUGGGCUGUUUGCCGUGCUCACGCUGAUGGGCGUGUUGGCCCAGUACGAAUGGCAGCCAAAGGACGCGUUCGAUGAGAUCAAGGUGCGGUUCGACAAGGUGAACGGCGACAACUGCCCAAUCCUGCCGCCGCGCGAUCUAACACUGCCCGAGGACAGCGUCUCCCACCUGCCGGACAUUAAGGAUGUAAACAUCAAUCCGGUGUUUCCCAACCGGACGGCCCUGCUGCACCUGCACAACAUGGCGCUGAGUCGGGCGUUCUUCUGGAGCUACAUACUGCAGAGUCGCUUCAUUCGGCCGGCCAUCAACGAUACGUACGAUCCGGGCAUGAUGUACUACUUCCUGUCGACCGUCGCGGACGUGUCGUCCAAUCGGCACAUUAACGCGUCCGCCAUCUACUUUGCGCCGAACUCGUCGUUCUCCUCCUCGUACCGUGGGUUCUUCAACAAGACGUUUCCCCGGUUUGCGCCCCGCACCUACCGCGAGGACGAUUUCAACGAUCCGAUCCAUCUGCAGAAGAUUUCCACGCUGAACACGUUCUACGUGCGCGAUUUAGGUGCGUUUCCGCCGGACUCGGCGCUGCACGACUACACGAUAAAGAACUACCACAUCAACGAGUGGUACAACCUGUGGCUGCCGGACAACGUGGACAAGCGGCACGACACAAAGACGACCUACCAGGUGGAGAUCCGGUACGCGAACAACACGAACGAAACGUUUACGUUCCAUGGGCCGCCGGGGGCGGACGAAAACCCGGGCCCGGUGAAGUUCACCAAGCCGUACUUUGACUGCCGCCGGUCGAACAAGUGGCUGGUAGCGGCCGUUACACCGAUUGCCGACAUUUACCCGCGCCACACCCAGUUCCGGCACAUCGAAUAUCCGACAUAUACGGCCGUUUCGGUGCUGGAAAUGGAUUUCGAACGAAUCGACAUAAACCAAUGCCCCAAGGGCGAGGGUAACAAGGGACCGAACAUAUUCGCCGACACAGCGCGCUGCAAGAAGGAAACAACCGAAUGUGAACCAAUAGAUGGGUGGGGAUUCCGGAGGGGCGGCUAUCAGUGUCGCUGUAAACCGGGGUAUCGCUUGCCGGGCGUCGUUCGGAGGCCCUAUCUCGGCGAGAUCCUCGAGCGUGCCUCGGACGAGCAGUUCUACAAUGGGUUCGAUUGCAUGAAGAUAGGAUGGGUACAAAAGGUACCGAUCAAGUGGUUCCGUGCGCCAACGUACGUGAGGGAGCAGUACCUGAACCGGUACUACGAGUACAAGAACUUCACGACCGGUCCGAGCUCGCUGCACUCCCACAAGCUCAACAUCAACGAGGUGCUCAAGUUCAUUUUGGGCGUAAAUGCACGCUCGUGCAAGAACUACCACCCGCAGGAUCUGAUGCUGACCGGCGAGUUUGCGUACGAGGCGCAGAAGCAGUUCGAGAACGAGGCCAAGAUGGCCAUCCGGUUGGCGAACUUUAUCAGCGCUUUCCUGCAAAUUUCGGACCCGAGCGAGGUGUACUCCGGCAAGCGGGUGGCCGACAAACCGCUGACCGAGGAUCAGAUGAUGGGCGAAACGCUCGCGCUCGUGCUGGGCAACACGCGCAUCUGGUCCGCGACCACGCUGUGGGAUCGCAGGAAGUUCCCGAACCGCACCCUGUUCGGACCGUACGCGUACAAGCGCGAGCUGAACACGCGCAAGUUCAAUCUGGAGGAUUUGGCCCGAUACAACAAGACGGGCGAGGAGUACAUCGACAAACCGUUCUUCCGGCUGCUGAAGCAGCGGUGGGCCACCAACUUCGAUUCGCUCGAGAAGUACUAUCUGAAGAUUCGGCUGCGCCACAACGAGACGGGCGAGUAUGCGCAACGGUACGUGCACUUCCCGAACUUCUACCACGCGGCCACGAUGGAUCACGGCUACUGGACGACGCCCGAGUUCGACUGCAAGGGCUACGUGAAGAAGUGGCUCAUAACGUACGCGGUGCCGUUCUUCGGCUGGGACAGCCUGAAGGUGAAGCUAGAAUUCAAGGGAGUCGUUGCAGUUUCAAUGAACAUGCUCCAGCUGGAUAUCAACCAAUGUCCGGAUGAUUAUUACGAGCCGAAUGCAUUCAAAAACACUCACAAAUGCGACGAGAAGUCUUCAUACGUAAGUAUGCGCGCGCGGAUCAUGCGUUUUUUCCUUCCUGCUUUUGUUUUCUCUUCUCUCUCACUCUCUCUCGGCUCAAAUGCUGUGCUGUGCGCAAACGUUACGGGUCCGCUUUCCCGGUCCAACGUCCCUAUUCAUCCUUUCCGCUUUCUUGUCUCGCCACCGUCGGGCACGAUUUUGUGCAUUGGCCUGUUGUUUCCCUCAAACCCAUACUCGCCCCCCCCCCCCAUAUUCCUGUCUCGGACUCGGACGUGUGGUUGCAUCGGCCAUCGUGAAACUUGAAGAUUUGCUUUUGUUCUCGGUUGGACGAGAGAACGGCAAACGAACGGAAAAAUGGACCCCUUCGGGAGCAAUAGCGGGAAGGGAGGGAGGGGGUUGUAAACCGUUGUAAUGCGAUCACCGUUGUGCGAGCUGUGCCGGAGUGCCCGGGCCGACGGGGGUAUUCAUUUCCUCCAGCACGCAGCUUCGGCAAACAAAGCGAAAAUAGGGUUGGACGUCCCAGACUCCCAGACACACACACACACACACUGCGCCACGGAAAUGCAACGAACGAACGUAUUUGAUUAUGCACUGCCCAAAGGACAUUGACCUAUUAAAAGUGCAGCACUGUAAUAAUGGGACGGAACACUCGGAAUCGCACGGAUUUGCGCAGCGCAACCGAUACCCCCGUUCCCACACACACACACACAGGACGGACAAUUUGCAAUGCAUUCUGCUCACCUUCUGCUGUUUUUUUUUCUGUGCGCUCUCCUUUUCCUUUUCAGUGUGUCCCGAUCCUGGGCCGCGGGUACGAAACGGGCGGCUAUAAGUGCGAGUGCCUGCAAGGGUUCGAGUAUCCGUACGAGGAUCUGAUCACCUACUAUGACGGGCAGCUGGUCGAGGCCGAGUUCGAGAACAUCGUGAAUGAUAAGGAAUCGCGGUUCGAGACGUUCAAGUGCCGUCUGGCCGGGGCGGCCGCCCUGCAGGUGCAGUUUACCAUCGUCGUCUUUGUGUCGCUGUUCGGGUGGAUAUUGCUGCGCCGGAAUCUCCAGUGCUAGGCGGUAGGCGCGAUGAGGCGCAAGCGAAUAAGAGAGAGAGAGAGAGAGAGAGAGAGAGAGAGAGCGCGAGAGUACGCCAUUAUAUUUUAAACCCUCUACCCAUUUCCGCUGAUCGGUGGAAAAGGGUAUAAUAGUGCAGGUGGAAGUGAGGUCCCACAUUUCGCUGCGCUAACAAGAAUUCAUUCCAUCCAUGCAAUAUGCAACCAGAAUUGCAUUCUCGAAGCUAGAGCUACUAGAAAGGUAAAAAGGUAGGUUAAUUGUGCAAAACUAACGUACAAAAAAGGAAAAUGUAAGAUUUAUUCUCCAUCCA